CGUUCGAGUUAGUAAUAAAAUUUCAAUUUAAUAAUUUAAUUACCAGCAACAACAAAGUCUCACACAGAAACAGAAACAGAAAGAACCCUCGAUUAUUAUUAUUAUUUCUUCUUUUUCCAAUGCCAUAUUAUAUAAAUCAAACCAAACCAAUUCUCUAACUGCAUUUCCAAACGCAAACGCAGAAUAAGCGAUUUUCAUCUUCAAAAUUGCUUAAAUGUCUGAUUCAACACCUACCGAUUAUGUGUCGGUGGAUAUCGAUUCCAUCUCUCCUUCUCCUAAGGAACAUAUUAUCAGAACAUCCCAUGGUUCUGUCUCUGUCGCUGUGUAUGGAGACCAGGACAAACCAGCUCUUAUCACUUAUCCUGAUUUGGGUUUAAAUUACGUCUCCUGCUUUCAGGGGUUAUUAUUUUGUCCAGAAGCAUAUUACUUGCUGCUCCACAAUUUUUGCAUAUAUCACAUUAGUCCACCUGGGCAUGAGUUGGGAGCAGCUGCAAUUGAUCCAGAUUACCCUAUUCUAUCUGUAGAUGACUUGGCCGAUCAAAUAGCUGAGGUGCUUAACUUUUUUGGUCUUAAUGCAGUUAUGUGUAUGGGAGUAACUGCUGGGGCUUACAUUCUUACCUUAUUUGCUCUGAAAUAUCGACAACGUGUUCUUGGUUUGAUACUUGUUUCUCCUCUAUGUAAAGAACCAUCUUGGUCUGAAUGGUUGUACAACAAGGUCAUGUCAAAUUUACUGUACUUUUAUGGCAUGUGUGGGGUGGUAAAGGAAAUAUUGCUGCAGCGGUACUUUAGCAAGGAAAUUCGCGGUGGUACUCAAUUACCGGAGUCAGAUAUAGUCAAAGCAUGCCGAAGGUCUUUGGAUGAGAAGCAGAGCUUGAAUGUCUGGCGGUUCCUCGAAGCUAUUAAUGGGAGACCUGACCUAAGUGAAGGAUUGAGAAAAUUACAUUGCCGGUCACUAAUUUUUGUUGGAGACAUGUCUCCAUUUCACUCAGAGGCACUCCAUAUCACUUCAAAGUUAGACAGACGAUUCAGUGCUUUAGUUGAGGUUCAAGCAUGCGGGUCAAUGGUAACAGAGGAGCAGCCACAUGCUAUGUUAAUACCAAUGGAGUACUUUCUCAUGGGAUAUGGCCUGUACAGGCCAUCCAGGUUGAGUGUCAGCCCAAGAAGUCCCUUGAGUCCAUCUUGCAUUUCUCCCGAGCUUUUUUCACCAGAGAGUAUGGGUUUGAAAUUGAAACCAAUAAAGACGAGAAUUCCUGGGGAAAUGUAGAAGUAGAUGAAUAACGGUUGGUUGGCAACCCCCUCUGAUCUGUUCAUGGAACAUGUUCAUUUUACUAUGAUUAGUGAGAGAGAUGAUGAAAUAGGGAAUGCCAUAUGGUUGUAUAGAUAAUGGGAUAAGGAAAUAAGAAAUCAACAAAAAGGAAAGAUAAGGCAAGAGUUUACUUUAGAAGAAAUGAACAGAUAGUAAUUCAUUUAUUUGUAAUCAUAGAUUUUACUCAACGAGUCUGAAGCCUAAAGUUUGCAGCAUCAGAAUUGUUGUUUUUGUAUUUAAUUUUGUUUAAAGGAAGUUGUGAUUACAAUUGUAAACUAUAAAUCAAACAUGGAGGUACAAAAAGUCUAUCUCCUACUCUGAAAAAGUUGUCGGCAAUCAACAUCUUUUUCACUGUUUGUAUAUUUUAUUGGCUGUUUUGUCUAUUAUAUCAAGUUGUUUUUGCAUUUUGUCACUA